AUGAGGAGUGGCCGGAAGCAGAGAAGGCUGAGAAGUUGGCCAGAGGAGCUGCUCUGAAAUGGGCUUCAGGGGUGUUUUACCGCCCUGAGAAACUGGAGGGGCUCAGGCAGUACCGGAGUCGAGAGACGCAGAGGAACAGCUCCAUCCAGUCCCGGCUGAAGUCAACUGUCCAGUCCUACCUGGAGGGGGUAAGUGCCGGGCUGGAGCAGCUGCGGUCGGCGGCCCAGGAGGUGCAGAGCGUGUGCCAGGACCUGGGGGCUGCGCGGUGGGCCCUGCUCGACAGUGCAGACCGCUUCCAGGGCCUCCAGCAGAUGCGGGCGCUGAUGGCGGAGCACGUGCAGCUGGCCUCGGUGGUCCAGGUGCUGCCCCAGCUCUUCUCGGUCCACGAGGUUUUUUCCCAUACCCUGCAGCUGCUCCGUGGGCAGCACCUCCUGGAGGCCCAUGCAGAGCUCAUGAUGAUGGAGCACCUCCGGGACGACAUCCUCUCCCAGCUGCACCUCCGCGGGCUCUCCGGUGCCCGGGCAACUGUGCUGUCCUACUUCGGUGGCCUGCAGGAGCUCAACAAGAGCCUGGCCAAGCAGCUGUGGGACAUCGUGGGCAGUAGCCUGCAGCUGGUGCGCGAGGACCCGGUUCUCUUCGUCACUGCUGUAAGGAUCAUUGAGCGGGAGGAGAAAAUAGAUGAUACUCUGCUCCUGGAGGCCACCUUCCUGCCCCCUGGCCGCCCAAAGGGCUGGAGGCAGAAGUUUUACCAGGUUCUCCAGGAUACCAUCACAGGAGCCCACUUUCACGCUGCCCACGUGGACGCUGAGGGGCCAGGGCUGGCCAGGCACCUGGCAGCGCUGCAGAAGGAUAUCGUGUCUGAGCUGCGUGUGGUGAAGGACCUGAUGGUCCAGUGCGUCCCAGCUCACUACAACAUCCUCAGCAUCUGCACUGCCACCUACCACCAGGCCCUCACCAGCCACCUCCAGGACAUCCUCCGAGAGGACCUGGACAAACAGGCGCUCUUCCUCCUCCUCGAGUGGGCACUUCGUGUGUACCACAGCCCCGAGAUGAUGGGUCACCCUGACCUUCUCCCAGAGGUGGACGUUUCUGCUCUGGGUCCCUUGAUGUCCCCUGAACUGGUGGAUCAGACAGAGAGGAAAUACGUGGUUAAAGUCAAGGCUAGUGUGCUUGAGUGGAUGCAGAGGACCUUGGAGGUUGAGUUCAAGGAAUGGUUCAGGGAAGAGGAACCUGAGACGGACCAUCAGGGCUUCUUCCAGUCAGCCCUGCCCAUCAUUGUCAUGCAGAUGCUGAAGGAGAAUAUCCAGGUAGCUUCCUUGAUCACCGACUCUCUGCAGCAGAAGGUCUACAACAUGGCCUUGGAGGAGCUUGAGGCGUUUCUGGGCCGUCUGCGGGAAGCCCUAGUGCAAUGCGGGAAGGAGCACCAGAAGGACCGCACCAUACCCAAGUACUAUGUCUCCUACCUCCUGGCCGUGCUCAACAACAACCUGGCUCUCAGCUCCUCUGUCUCCUCCCUGCACCCUGACGCUGCCCGCAGAGAAGUCCCUGCAUCCCUCCGGGCUGCUCUAGACCGGACGCAGAAGAAAGCCUGCCAGCUGCUGCUGGAGGAGCUGCUCCUGGACCUGCAGCCCUUCUGCCUGCAGCUGCCUUCCCACAAGUGGCUGGCUGGGUCCCAGCUGGUCAGCAGCAUGUGUGAAGUGAUUGACAAGUAUGCAAAGGACUUCGCCCAUGUCAGGAAACCCAUCUUCACGCUCCUGCUGAUGGAGAGCGAGCUGCUGGUGGUCAGCCAGUACCUGCGGGCACUCAUGCAGAAGAAGAUGGUGUGCAAGAGCGAGGAGGAGCGGGGCCAGCUCUGCGACCGCCUGCUGCAGGAUGCCACGCAGCUCCGGGAGCUCUUCUGUGGCCUGGGUCUAGACCAGAGCCAGCAGAGCCUGGAGGCUGUCUUUGCCCUGAGCGAGCUGAUCUGCCUUAAAGACCCAGCACUACUCAGCCUGGAGGUGCUGGGCUUCAUCACCAAGUACCCCGACGUCAGUGAUGAGCAUAUCUCCACCUUGUUGGAUCUCCGGGGCGAUGUCUCCAAGGAGGUGCGGCACAUGGUGCUGGAAAUGAUGGCGCAGCACCCCCAGGUCCCACCCGAGAGCUACCGGCCCAUCUUCAGCACCAUCCUGGUCCCCAUGCCGGAGCUGCCCUUCUGCCUUCGGAAGGGCAAGUGUGCCUGACACUGCACCCCACAGCCUG